AUGUCAGUUUACGAGUCGAAUCCUCGUCAUUUGCGUGAGGUGUUAAUUUAUUUUUUUAAUAAUAAAACAUCUGCUGCUGAGGCUCACCGAAUGCUCUCAGAUGCUUAUGGUGAAGCUGCUAUGAGUGAAAAAACAUAUCGUGAGAGAUUUCAAUGCUUCAAGAGUGGUGGUUUUUGCGUAAAAAACCGGCAUGGUAGUGGAAGACCAAAAGUUUUUGAAAAUGAAGAAUUAACGCAUUUGCUCGAUGAUGACUCAUUUCAAAGUCAAGAGGAGUUGGCAGAACCAUUGGAAGUGAGUUAG